AUGUAUUCCAAUGAGCUCCUUGGUCUCGCCAUCGACGGCAUCCACGCGCUGUGCCGUGCCUGGGGCUCAGCUCCCUCCCCGCCGUGGUCCGACCUCCCGCAGGAACUUCUAGGCCUCGUCGUCGCCGGCCUUCCUCACCCAGCUGACCGCGUUCGAUUCCGCUCGGUUUGCCGUUCCUGGUACUCGGCUCCCCCUCCACCGCAGCUACCAUGGAUCGACCCAGUAUGCCGCUCCUGGUACAGGGUUUCCUCACGAAGGCAGCAAUCGUCCGUCCAAUCGGUGUGUCGUUUGAUGGAGACGCCCGACACUCCGGCGGAUGUAUCGUGGCUCUGCAUCUGCCGCUCGAUUUUCUCCCCGCGGCGGCGGCCGUGGAUCGUGCUCCCGGGCGGCUUCUUCCUCGACGAGAUGGCUCUCAAAUUUUCCGACUGCGGCCCGCACCCUACCGCCUCCUUUCCUGAGAACUUGAGAUGCAUCGGCUCAACCAACAGCUGGCUCGCCCUCGAUUCCGUGGAUGACGAGAAAAGGCAUAACUACUUCCUGCACAAUCCCUUCUCUAAGGCAACCGUGUCGCUUCGCAAGCUUGAUGCUAUCAUCGGCGAUGCUUCCGAGCUCUUCCGUAUCUACAAGGUGCUCAUGCGAUCAACUCCGGAUGACCUCAUCGCAGUUACAACCAAUAACUGCAACCGUCCGAUAAUUUUGAUACAGUCAAACAAGUGCAUGUGGUUUCUGAAUCAAACUCCCUUCGUCAGCAUCAUCGAUGUUGCCUUUCUUGGAGAUAAACUCUAUGGGAUCACCAAGGAGGAGGACCUUGUCUCCCUCCAUAUCACCUUUGAUGAUGUUCACAACAAAGCAACGGUUACCGUAGAGCGGGUCAUAUGGAGCAACAUUGAUGAUGACGCAGAUGCAGCAAACAACGAUGAGGAUACAGAACUAAAUUGGAAAACUGGGGACGGCAUGAUAGACGAUGGCAUCACAUUUGAACAUGGAUUUCUGGUCUUCCGAUACUUGCUAGAGUCAUGUGGUAACCUUCUCAUAGUAAGGCGACAACUCAAUGGUGUGAAACUCAACUACAAGGUGGAGGUUUUUAAGGCAAAUAUGAGUGCAAGAAAAUGGAUUCCAAUGUCUGCAGGUGGACUAGGGGGUCAGGCGCUUUUUAUCAGCAAACGCUUCAGCAAGUCUAUUUCUGCUCGCGGAGAGGUAGAGCCGGAUGCAAUUUAUUUUAUCGAUUUUGGCCGAGUCUUCAGCAUGAAACCUCACCCCACAAGCUCCCAAGGGAGAUAUAUUGGUUCCUUUGAUCAUCCGGCUCCUCUCGACUAUGUCUCAACAACGUGGAUCUUUCCUCCAAAUUAG